AUGGACCGCGUGUCGUCCGCAACUAGUUCGAGUCCUCCCGGCGCCAUGCCAAGUUCAUCCCCGGGUUUGCACUCGAACCGGCGUCGCCUCAGUAGCAUCUACGCGCUGCAGGUGCAAGCGUUUCUCGACGCGGCGGAGGUGGUUGACGCGGACAUGGAGACCAUCGAGGACAUCCUCGAUGGAUAUCGCGAAGACGCUCCAGCCGAACAAGCUGGAGCCGCAGAUGCUACCGACGUGGGGCUAGGUUAUUUGGACGGAGAUGAGCCUGACCUCGACGUCGAGCUAGAAGACAUGACGGACUUCGACGUCCAACUGCGUGAAGCGCAGACUGCAUGGACCAAGGAACAGACCAAGGAGAUGAUGACUUGGCUGAAAGAGUUUGGAAUGGGGUCUUUUAUCAACGAAUAUGUUGUGACGAAUGCCAUACCUAUCCCCAAGCUACUCUACGCGUUCGGCAUCUGUCUCUGCAAGGAGCUCCGAGAGAAACGGACGAAGACCCUACUCUUCUUCCUCCGAGUCGCAUUGUCCCGGGAAUUACAGUCGCGAGAGAAACUCACUGCAUACAACACUAUUGAGGAUGCCGUAACCCUUAUCCGAAGAUCCAAGCGCAUCCUCGUCCUGACUGGAGCAGGCAUAAGCGUGUCUUGCGGCAUUCCUGAUUUUCGUUCCCGUAACGGACUGUACGCGGCCCUGCAAGAGAAAGGCGAAUAUGACCUGGAUGACCCACAACAGAUGUUUGAUAUAAAUUAUUUCCGAGAGAACCCAUCUGUGUUCUACUCUUUUGCCAGCAAGAUAUACCCAUCUAAUUUUAUACCCUCCCCGUGCCAUCGAUUCAUCAAGUUAAUAGAAGAUAAGGGCAAACUUCUUCGCAAUUACACACAGAACAUAGACACGCUAGAGAGGCAAGCAGGAGUGCAGCACGUUCUCCAGUGCCACGGAUCGUUCGCCAUUGCGUCUUGUCUGAAUUGUCAUGUCCGUGUCCCAGGAUCUGAGAUCGAGGACGACAUUCUCAACCACCGGGUUCCCCUUUGCAAGAUCUGCAACGCUGCUCCUUCCCGCCCUGCAUCGAAUAAUGAGCGUAAGAAGAAGAGUAAGAGACGACGCGCUUCGAGGUGGAACAGCGACGAGAGCGACGGAAGCGAGGAGCCGGACGUGCCCGAGUUCCCGCCUGGAAUCAUGAAGCCUGACAUUACAUUCUUUGGCGAGAAAUUGAGCGAUGUAUUUGACCGUUCCUUGUUAGAGGAUCGCCAGAUGCUGGACUUACUCAUUGUCAUCGGCACGUCGCUCAAAGUGUCGCCGGUCUCAGAAAUCCUAGCGCAUCUCCCUCAUUCGGUACCUCAGAUCUUAAUCAACAAGACACCUAUCAAACACAUCAACCCAGAUAUUGUUUUACUCGGAAAUGCGGACGAUGUCGUGCAGCAUCUCUGCAGGAAGCUUGGGUGGGACCUCCCAGAUCCGCGCCCGCAUACAAACGGCGGUUCCCUAGGCACCGCGACUCGAGGCAAUCCAAGGAAACGUCUCUCAGAAAGCCCGGAGCCCCAGCGAGUCGCAGACACGCAUGUAUGGUUAUUCGAGGGCGCCGAGGGAGGAAAGUGGGUCGAAGAACUUGAGCGCAAGGCGGAAAAGAGCUUGCCCAAUACCGACUCUAGGGAGAGCACGCCGUUCGAACGCAGUCUUCGCCGACAACUCAAGAAGACACGGAUGCAGUGA